AUGCCGGCGUCGGCGGCCAUGCCGUCGCCACCGUGCGACCAGGAGGUGCUCACGAUGACCGUCGGCUCCUACUUGGAGGCCACGAAGCUGGCCAACGGCAGUUGCGCCAAGUCUGCCCUGGUCCACGUCGGCGGCCACUCCUGGCGCGUCGUCUUCUACCCCAACGGGAGGCUCGCCGGCACCACCGGGUUCAUGUCCCUCUACCUCCUGAUGGACGAAGAUGAAGGAGGCGGCGGGGCAGCCGCCGCCGCCGCAGUCGGGGACGACGUCCACGUGGUGUUCAUUUUGAUGAUGUGCGACGUGGGAGGCGGGGCGCGGUAUCUCACGUCCGGCAAGGUCGCCGCCGCCUUCGGCCGGAAAGGGGACGUGUGUGGCUACGAGCGCUUCGUCUCGCGCGAGCACUUCGUGGAGUUUUUCAAGAGCAGCGAUGCUUCGCGAUCCGAUGCGAAUGCGACCUCACCGUUUUUCCGGCGGGCAGUCGGCCAGAGCUCGGAGCCAGCCGCCGAGGUGUCGUCGUCACGCUCUCUAGCCACUCGACCGCCGCCGGAACCGCCCGUCCUGAGGGCCAGGGCGCCGCCGCUGUCCGGGCUGCACGCGGAUCUAGGCCGCCUCCUGGCGACGAAGGAAGGGGCAGACGAGGAGUUCGAGGUCGGCGGCAAGAUUUUCGCCGCGCACAAGUCCGUGCUCGCCGCCCGGUCGGUAGUUUUCAAGGAGGAGUUCUUCGGCCCGACCAAGGAGAAGGACACCAGCUACGUGCUCAUCAGCGACAUGCACCCGGAGUCGUUCAAGGCCCUCCUGCAUUUCAUGUACACCGACUCGUUGCCGGAGAUGACCAUGAAUUCAGUGAAAGAGGGGGCCGUGCUCGCCGAGGAUCUCCUCAUCCCCGCCGGCCGGUACAACCUGAGGGAUCUCAAGUCACUGACGGAGAACAAGCUGAGCAGCCAUGUCGGCGUGAGCACGGUCCUGCUGAUGCUGGCAAUAGCGGAGCAGUACCAGUGCUGCAAGCUGAAGAAGAUGUGCCUAGGGUUCAUUGGUUCUAGAGCCAACGCGUGGGCGAUCAUGGCGACGAACGACAUUGAGAAUCUGGCAAGAAGCAGCCCCUCUGCCGUGAAGGAUGUGAUCGUUGAGAUUUUGGACACAAGGAUGGCGAGGAGCAAGCGUCUCAUCAAAGCUUUCAUUUUUGCUUGCUGUUUCCAGAUGCUUCUUUUGGUGUUUAUUUGGUAUUCUUAA